AUGCGCCGAUCCAUCAUUCACCCACAAACGCAAGAGCUCCUAGAUGAUGCACUGGCAGUGUAUUUUCCACAUGGCCGGUCGUUCACAGGGCAGGCUACGUUGGAGCUACAUCUACACGGUAGCCCAGCCGUCGUACGUGAUGUGCUAGAGGCCUUAGAUGCCAUGCGUACCGUUCUUUCGACGCGCGAUAUGCGCCCAGCCCUUCCAGGCGAGUUUACGCGACGUGCAUUCGAGCAUGGCCGUCUGGAUUUGACGGCAUGUGAGGCACUUGACUCACUACUUCAUGCAGAGACAUCUCAGCAGCGUCGCCUAGCACAAUGGGCAGCGCAAGGAUACCAAGCGCAGCUGUAUGAUCGACUGUACGCACAGCUUGUGCAGGCCAUGUCCCAAAUGGAAGCCAUGCUGGAUUUUAGCGACGAAGACGAUGUCAAUGAGCACCUGUGGAUCUCUGUCCACGAAACUAUACAUGGUAUGCGUCAGUAUUUGGCGUCAGAACUCCAGCUUAACACGCCUCCCACGCGGCGUUCUUACGCUGAUGCAGUGAUGCAGGGUGUGAGGAUUGCUUUGUAUGGACGUCCGAACGCCGGUAAAUCGUCUUUGCUAAAUCGUCUGGUGCGCCGAGAUGCAGCUAUUGUUACGCCAUAUGCAGGCACGACGCGUGAUGUCUUGGAAGUGUGCAUGGAGCUGGCAGGGUAUCGGGUCACACUGGCCGACACAGCUGGCGUACGAGCAUCUCAGGAUGCAGUUGAACAGAUUGGCGUCGAACGAACCCAAGCCUAUGUUGCCGAAGCCGACAUGUGCGUGCUUGUGUGCACACCGCAGGAUUUCCAACAUGAUCUUCCGCCAGCGGGUCCCUGUCGGAUACCCGCCGCGACAUUGGAGCGGCUCGGCGUCCAGAUGCAAGCCAAGCCUGUGUUGAUUUUGAUCAAUAAAAUGGAUGAAUGCUGGGAUAUCGGUGGGGACCACACCAGCAGUCCCCUGAGUAAAGGCCGAUGUGACCAUGAAGGUGUCGAGUGCCAUGUAUGGCAUGCGAGCGUGCUGCAUGACGUGGGCAUGGAUCUACUUAUGAAUGAACUUGGAUCACACGUGGCACGCAUGUACGACACGAACCAAGUCACUAUGCCCCUUGUCACACAAGCACGGCACCGGCAUAUCCUGAUGGACGUCGUUGCAUGUCUUGACACUGUGCUCGCGACUCGAGAGUCGCCCGAUCUUGUGGUUGUUGCAGAAGAGCUUCGGCAUGCUGCUCAUCUCCUUGCACAAGUGACGGGCCGCACGAUCACGUCAGACACAGUGCUGGGCGAGAUCUUUGCCCGUUUCUGCAUCGGCAAGUAG